UGGUUUACCCAAACCAGACUUUGGCCAUCUGACACAGCCUUUUGACACACCCGAAUUUUACAAGCUUUACAGAGUUGUUCCAAUCAGAAAUGUUCUUUCACUGAGCAUUGCCUGGGGACUACCACCACAGGAGAGACAUUACCGGGUGAAGCCACUUCACUAUAUCUCCUGGCUGGUAGGACAUGAAGGCAAAGGCAGUGUUCUUUCCUUUCUUCGGAAAAAAUUUUGGGCUCUUGCGUUAUAUGGGGGAAAUGGUGAGACAGGAUUUGAACAGAACUCCACCUACUCUAUAUUCAGCAUUUCUGUGACUUUGACUGAUGAAGGUUACGAGCACUUCUAUGAGGUUGCACAUGUUGUAUUCCAGUAUCUGAAAAUGUUGCAGAAAAGAGGGCCGGAUAAAAGAAUUUGGGAAGAGAUUCAGAAGAUUGAAGCUAAUGAAUUUUAUUUCCAGGAUCAGGCUGAUCCAGUUGAUUAUGUUGAAAGUCUUUGUGAGAACAUACAUAUAUUUUGUAAGGAGGACUUUUUGACAGGCGAUCAGCUUCUGCUUGAAUACAAGCCUGAAAUCAUUGCUGAUGUCCUUAACCAGCUCCGCCCUGUGAGAGCAAACCUUGUUCUGUUGUCUGCUGCCAGUAAAAAUAAAUGUCAUCUAAAGGAGAGAUGGUUUGGGACACAGUACAGUGUGGAAGAUAUUGACAAAUAUUGGCGUGAUUUAUGGGCCAGUGACUUUCCAUUAAAUCAGGACUUGCACUUACCUGAAGAAAACAAAUAUAUAGCCACUGACUUCGCUCUGAAGCCAUCUGAUUGCCCUGACACAGAGCACCCAGUCAGAAUUCUGAGCACACACCACGGCUGUGUGUGGUACAAGAAGGACAAUAAAUUCAAAAUCCCCAAAGCUUACAUAUGUUUCCAUCUGAUCUCCCCACUGAUACAGCAGUCUGCAAAGAGUGUGGUACUUUUUGAGACUUUUGUGAAUAUCCUUUCUCACAACCUUGCUGAACCAGCAUACGAAGCUGAUGUUGCUCAGCUGGAAUAUAAACUGGUAUCUGGAGAGCAUGGUUUGGUAAUUCGAAUGAAAGGAUUCAAUCAUAAACUACCUCUGCUAUUUCAGCUCAUCAUUGACCAGUUGGCUGACUUCAGUUUUACUCCAGCGAUUUUUGAGAUGAUAACAGAGCAGCUAAAAAAGACUUACUUUAAUAUUCUGAUCAAGCCAGAGAUGCUGGCCAAAGAUGUGCGUUCUUUAAUUUUGGAGCAUGGCAAGUGGUCUAUGAUAGAUAGAUACAGGAGAUUAAUGAAGGGCCUUGACACUGAGUCGCUCUCGUCCUUUGUUAAGGGCUUCAAAUCACAUCUGUAUGUGGAGGGGCUAGUGCAAGGAAACUUCACAAGCAGAGAAUCAGAGGAUUUUCUGAAUUAUGUUGUUCUAAGACUGCAGUUCCUUCCCUUGCCACACCCAUGUCCUGUUCAGUUUCGGGUGGUAGACCUGCCAAACACACACCUACUUUGCAAGGUGAAAACCCUUAACAGAGGUGAUGCCAACUCUGAAGUGACAGUAUAUUAUCAGUCUGGGGCUAGGAGUUUAAGAGAAUACAGCCUUAUGGAACUGCUUGUGAUGCACAUGGAGGAGCCUUGCUUCAACUUCCUGCGAACCAAGCAAACCCUUGGCUACCAUGUGUACCCUACAUGUAGAAAUACAUCUGGGAUUCUUGGGUUCUCUGUUACCGUAACCACACAAGCAACCAAGAACAACUCUGAAUUAGUUGACAAGAAAAUAGAAGAAUUUCUUUUGUACUUUGAGGGAAGAAUGAGGCUUUUAACUGAAAAAGCAUUCAGAACUCAGGUCAGUGCUCUAAUACAUAUUAAAGAAUGUGAAGAUUCCUGUCUUGGAGAAGAGGUGGAUAGAAAUUGGAAUGAAAUAAUGACUCAGCAAUAUCUUUUUGACAGACUUGCCCAUGAGGUUGAAGCACUACAGUCACUAACUAAGUCAGACCUAGUUGACUGGUUCCAAGCUCAUAGAGGCAAAGAGAGGAAAGCACUUAGUAUACAUGACACUGACGAAAACCUCUGGAAGUGGAAUCUUGGCAAAUUACAUUUUCUUAGCUCUAAAGAGGGCAAGAGAGAUGUGGGACUUCCUAUGGCAGUUCAGCGUUUGGCUUUACCAUGGCAGGAGGAGCUGUGUUGUGGAAGAGGUAAAGACUCUUGCCCUCAGGAGAAAAGUGUGACACCUCAGAGGGGUUUGUAAGACCUCUAAAAAAUUUCAAAUGGAGGGGUAGA